AUGGCAACCCGCCGCGACUCCAACCAAGGCCACGGCCAGCAUGUUCUACUGACUGGCGCAAACGGCUUCGUUGCCUCUUAUAUCCUAUUAAAACUGAUCGAGCGUGGGUUCACCGUGACUGCCACAGUACGAUCGCAGGACAAAGUCGACGACAUCCUCAGGACACAUCCGGAAUGGAAGGGCAAAGCCAACUUUGCGAUCGUCGCCGACUUCACCUCGCAGCAACCCUUUGACGAAAUCUUCGAAAGUGCAAAAGUCCCCUUCACGUUCAUCAUCCACGCGGCAUCGCCCUUGAAGUUCGAUGUCCAGGAUAUCGAGAAGGAAAUGAUCGAGCCUGCCACUAAGGGAACAUCAGAAAUGCUCAAAAGCGCCCUACGACACCAAGGCACACACCUAAAACGCUUCGUCCUCCUCGGCAGCGCCGUCUCAGUCCUGAACUCGUUCGAGGACAUGUCCCGCGAGGGCCGCCCCUACACCGAGAAAGACUGGAACCCCGUAACAGCCAAACACGCGAUCGACCGCCAGGACACGGUGCUGGGGUACAAUGCCUCCAAGACGCAGGCAGAGCACGCGGCGUGGGAUUUCAUGGAGCAGAAUAAACCGGCGUUUGAUCUUGCGGUGAUUAACCCGGAUAUUACGAUCGGUCCCAUGAUUCAUCCCAUCGAUGGGCCCGAGUCGAUUAACCAGACGAAUCGGUUUGCGAUUGCCAGUUUUAUUGAUGGCACGCAUGAGACGAUUGAGGAUGUGCGGUUUCCGUUUUAUCAUUUUGUCGACGUCCGCGACGUCGCACAAGGCGCUGUUGACGCCCUAACCAAUCCCGCAGCAGGAGGGCAGCGGAUUCUACUCGUCUCCGGACUAAUCACGCCGCAACUGGUCGUGAAUACGAUCCGAAAGCAUUUCCCCACGCUAAGGGACCGGGUUCCCAAAGGGCUCGUCGGGCGGAUAUUGCCGGAAGGGGUCCAGCCAACAGACUGGAGUAAGAAUACUAGUCUGAAUAUCCUUUCCAAGGGGACACCGGACGAACAGGGUCGGUGGAGGCAUAUUGAGCUAGAGCAGAGUAUCAAGGAUACGGUACAAUCAAUGAUUGAUCUGGGUCUUGUGUGA